UUAAAGAAAGAAAUAAAGAAAUCAAAUUACUAGUCAUCUCUUGAAUUCUCCCUCGGCAAGUCUCUCUCCACGAAAAUUUCUCCUUCAAGCCUUCACAGUGGUGCACCUCUCACUUAGCGCCGACCGCCCGCACCUCCCCUCGUGCCUCCGUCCAACGUUCAACGAUCGGUCGUCUGCAGAUCGCGCCGUCGCGCGCUAUCGUGGUCAUAGCCGCAUCUUCCCUCCAAUCGCCGCUGCCAUCGCCGGUGUUAUAGUCGUGGAUUUGGAGAGUUGUAAGCCUCUGUCCAGCAGGUUCAAGAGGGUUUCGGCGACCUUUUGAUUUGAAGGGCAUAAAUUACAAAAAUUACGGUAAUAACGUUUACAAGGAUUCUCCUCGAAUAACUCUGCGGCAUCAUGUUCAAAAAGUUUUCUACUGAAGACGUGUCUGCUCAGAAUCAAGUCAAGGCAUCAGUCCAACGGAAAAUUCGGCAAAGUAUAGCAGAAGAAUAUCCAGGACUAGAGCCAGUUUUGGAUGAUUUGCUUCCUAAAAAAGCUCCUCUGAUUGUAACUAAGUGUCAAAACCAUCUCAAUCUGGUUGUUGUGAACAAUGUGCCACUCUUUUUCAAUAUCCGGGAUGGGCCCUACAUGCCUACACUAAGGUUGCUUCAUCAAUAUCCCAACAUUAUGAGAAAAUUACAAGUAGACAGAGGUGCAAUAAAGUUUGUCCUUGCUGGUGCUAACAUAAUGUGCCCUGGUCUUACAUCCCCUGGGGGUGCCUUGGAUGAUGAAGUUGAAGCGGAAACACCUGUGGCAAUAAUGGCCGAAGGGAAGCAGCAUGCUCUUGCUAUUGGCUUCACAAAGAUGUCAGCAAAGGAAAUAAGGGCGACAAACAAAGGGAUCGGAGUGGACAAUAUGCAUUACCUUAACGACGGUCUUUGGAAGAUGGAACGCCUCGAUUGAUCACAAUAUCCAAAAGAAACAACAUUAGGGGACGAGGGCGAGGAGACACAACUUAGAGAACAAACUUUGUUUAAUUUUACACUAUUUUGAGUUUCUCGGUUAUGUUGUGUGGACAGACAAGAACAGAAUAGGGGUAACAAGUCUCAAGAAGCCUGUUUUGUCUCCAUAUUUUUAUACUUUUAUGAGGAACCAAUUCCCAAUUGUACUUAAAAUCCUUUUGCACUUCGCUGUGAAUCUGCUAUCCAUGCACUUUUUCACAUCGUCUUAUUCUAUAUUAAGAUAUUGAGGAUAUUUGGGUGCUGGAAUUUAUUUAAUAAAAGAAAUAAAAGAAAUAAAAAAAAAAAAAAAAAA